CAUUAAAAACAAAUCACCACACCUCACACCGGAACACCGAAAGUCCAACUGGGCCUCCGUCUCUGCCGAUUGAUAAGAAGAGGAGGCGGCAUGGUGUUGGUGAUGAGGUCUACCUCUUCUUGCCUGACCUUAUCUCCUGCACCACCACCACCACCACCUCACCGAUCCCGUGCCUGUAAUCAUCUCUCCACACAAAAACAAUGCAAGAGAAACUCGAGGAAUUAUUGCAUUACGAGGCCCCAGAUACCGUCUCCUCCUCUUUCUAGGGAGGCUUUAGGCUUCAGGGUCUUCGUUCUUUCUGAUUUGCACACCGACUACCCAGAGAACAUGAAUUGGGUUAAGUCCUUAUCAACUAAGGCCUACAAAAAUGAUCUUCUUCUUCUUGCUGGCGAUGUCGCUGAGACUUACCACAACUUUUACUCCACUAUGUCCCUUCUCAAGGAUAGAUUUCAACAUGUCUUCUAUGUUCCCGGGAAUCAUGAUCUUUGGUGUCGCUCCGAGCCUGAGGGCUUCCCAUAUUAUCUUGAUUCUCUAGAAAAGCUGAAUAAAUUGCUUGAUGCAUGUAGAGGACUUGGAGUUCAAACCAGACCAAUGGUGUUAGAUGGCCUCGGAAUCGUGCCUUUGUUUUCUUGGUACCAUGAGAGUUUUGAUAGAGAGAUGGACAUUGCUGGCAUACGAAUUCCUUCUUUGGAGAUGGUAUGCAAGGACUUUCAUGCAUGCAAAUGGCCAAGGGAAAUAUCAAACAGAUCAACCUCUCUUGCCUCAUACUUUGAUGCAAUGAAUGAAGAAAAUGAGGACGCAAUUAAAUUAAUCAAAAAUACAUGCACUCAAAUAAUUACAUUCUCUCACUUUCUUCCCAGGCAAGAACUCUGUCCAGAGAAAAGGAUGCUAUUUUAUCCGAACCUUCCAAAAAUCAUUGGUUCUGAUUUUCUCGAGGUUCGCAUAAGGUCAAUACAUGGAAGUGAGGGGAAUGCUUCUGCAUGCCAUGUGUUUGGUCAUACACAUUUUUGCUGGGAUUCUGUGCUUGAUGGUAUAAGGUAUAUACAGGCACCUCUGGCUUACCCUAGAGAAAGGAAGAGAAGGAUGAAUGGAGGUGAAACUUGGCUGCCAUUUUGUGUCUAUUCUGGUGGGAAGUUUGCAGAUAGACUAUCACCAUGUUAUUGGUCUGAUUAUUAUGCCGCUCAUCCAAGAGCACCUCAUCUCACUGAACUUGCUCCUUGGGUAGCCAGAUUCUAUAACCGAGCAUAACACUCUCAUUCAUAUUCCACAAUGAUAAAGUAUAUAUAGGAAUACACCCUUU